AUGGAUAGGAUAAAUAAUACAUUUGUGAAAGAAUUCAUACUUCUGGGACUCUCUGGUUACCCCCAAAUGGAGAUUAUUUUCUUUGUUGUAAUUUUAGUUAUGUAUCUAGUAAUUCUAAUUGGCAACGGUGUUCUGAUCAUAGCAAGUGUCUUUGAUUCCCGCCUUCACACCCCCAUGUAUUUCUUCCUUGGCAACCUCUCUUUUCUGGAUAUCUGUUAUACAUCUUCUUCUGUUCCGUCUACCUUGAUGAGCUUAAUCUCAAAGAAAAGAAACAUUUCCUUCUCUGGAUGUGCAGUGCAAAUGUUCCUUGGAUUUGCAAUGGGGUCAACAGAGUGUUUCCUCCUUGGCAUGAUGGCUUUUGAUCGCUAUGUGGCCAUCUGUAAUCCUCUGAGAUACCCCAUCAUUAUGAGCAAGAUGGUGUAUGUACUGAUGGCUUCUGUGUCUUGGCUCUCUGGUGGAAUCAAUUCAAUUGUGCAAACAUCUCUUGCCAUGCAAUUACCUUUCUGUGGGAAGAAUAUUAUCAAUCAUUUUAUAUGUGAAAUAUUAGCAGUCCUCAAUCUUGCUUGUGCUGAUAUAUCUCUCAAUAUUAUCACCAUGGUGAUAUCAAAUAUGGUAUUUCUGAUUCUUCCACUGACAGUCAUCUUUUUCUCCUAUAUUUUUAUCCUCUACACCAUCUUGAGAAUGAACUCAGCCACUGGAAGACGCAAGGCCUUUUCUACUUGCUCAGCACAUCUGACUGUAGUCAUCAUAUUUUAUGGUACCAUACUCUUUAUGUAUGUCAAACCCAAGUCUCAAGAACAAUUUGGAAAGGACAGUUUGCAAGCUAGGGAAGGAUUGAUUUCUGUGUUUUAUGGGGUACUGACACCUAUGCUAAAUCCUAUCAUUUAUAGCUUAAGAAAUAAGGAUGUAAAAGCUGCUGUGAAAUAUUUGUUGGUUCGGAAAUCUGUUAACUAA